AUGUUCGUAUUCAGUCUAUUAUUUGGUGUCUGCUGUAUAGAUGAAUUUGAUAAAAUGGAUAUUAGAGACCAAGUCGCAAUUCAUGAGGCCAUGGAACAACAGACUAUCAGCAUUACGAAGGCUGGUAUUAAGGCUACACUUAACGCUCGAACAUCGAUAUUGGCCGCAGCGAACCCCAUCGGCGGCCGAUACGACCGCAGUCGCUCUCUCCGCCAGAACGUCGGGCUAAGCGCACCGUUGAUGUCACGCUUCGAUUUGUUCUUCGUGAUGGUCGACGAGUGCAAUGACGAUCUUCGAGUUUACUCAGCUGAUGACGUUCGCCGCUACAUUGCAUUCGCACGUUGCUUCAAACCCAAGCUAAGUAUGGAUGCAUUCGAAACUAUAGUUGAGCAGUACAGAAAAAUGCGCCAGCGCGACAUACUCUCCGGCUCUAAUUCAGCCUGGCGGAUUACAGUUAGACAGCUUGAAAGCCUUAUCCGACUUUCCGAGGCAACAGCCCGCUUACAUUGCGCUGACAUUGUGACGAAAGCGCAUGUAAUUCUGGCGUUUUCACUACUAAAUAAGUCAAUCAUCCGAGUGGAGCAGCCCGACGUCAAUUUGGAAGAAGAAGACUCUCCAACAGUAGCCGUGUCAAACACUCCAAUCGUUCGUUAUGACUACAUAUUUUUCCUCUGA